GAUCAAGGACAAGACGCACGAGAAAUUGAAAUGUCGAAAUAGCUCUGACUUCGUCAGUCACCUCAUACCUUUCGAAAGAGCUAAAAAAAUACUUGUCACCAUCGACAUAAUUCCCGACUAUGAUAUUGCAUUUUCUGAUCUGAGUGCUUGUUGGUCAAAGACAGCGACAGGAAAUUUGUGAGAAUGGCAACAGCACUACAGCGGCAGCUUGCCGCGAUCGCUGCGAACAGUACCCAUCAGCUCGACCUCAAAGCUCAGAAGGCGGCACAUAGCAAAUCACUCCUCUUCGACUCCAAAGUCGCCGCUGCGCAAGACUUCAACACCAUAUACAGAAUAUGUCUGGAAGGAUACGAGGAUCUUUGCACCCUGGAUGCACGAUUCAGUGGAUUUGCACAGAACAUUUUCAGUGAGCAGAGCAAAUCGGAAGAGCGAGGUCUCAUGACCGCGGAAGAGAACAAGGCAUUGGAUGUCGUGCUUGAAAACUUUCUUGUGCUUGUGUCUGGGAGACUACUAUUAAAGCCAGCGCAGAAGGCAGUCGAAUGGCUAAUCAGACGUUUCCGCGUACACGAGCACAACACGGAGUAUUUGAUUCUAUCCUUCCUACCGUAUCAUGGCACCCCUCUGUUUCUCGCUUUACUUUCGAUUCUACCAAAGAAAAUCCCACAUACAUUUCGCUUCCUUUACCCCAGUAUGAGCACCAUGGAGAACCCUCCCUUCCAUAUGGUCCUCUACACUGCCACAAAUACACCUGCGUUCUUCGCAGCAUACAAUUCUUUCAUUUUGCGGGCUUGCCAAUCCAGGUAUCAAGCGCCGGCCGUGAUGUCCUUUUGGGCGAGUCUAGCGACGCAAGCUGUGGACGGUAUGAUUUCGGCAGCCCAAUCUGGCCGAGACACGGUUCAAAGACAAAAACAGGAGGACUUACUACUCAGAGUUCUACCGAUGCUUAAUGAGGCGCUUUCCCCACCAUUGGCUGAUGUGAAUGAAUUAACCCUCACUGCCUGUAUGAUCAUCACAGUGUUAAGCGCAAGGGCAAAUCUCGAGGAUCAUGUUCUUGAUACUUUGAUGGAGGCUGUUGCUAUGAAAUGGACACCCGCAACCAUCGAAGCGCGCCUUACGUGCAUCUCUGUGCUGGCUGAGUCGCGACAAGCUCUCGAGUUGUCGAAGUCAGUGACCAAGAAGUUACUAAAAUUGGAAAACGUUGUCGAGCACUUGGUUGCAUGCUCGAGCAGAAUGCCUACCGGACGUCUUGUGCUGGGUUUGAUUCUCCGCGACGUGCGAUCAAGAGCCAAGAGCGAUGGAUAUCUCAGUACUGAAGCACUCAGUCGACUUCUGCGAGCAGAUACUUUCACCGAAAGAGAGGAACAGGCACUAUGCAACAAGGUGGUAUCUACCAUAUCCAGCGAUGAGGUGACGGAGUCUCAGAGAGACGCAUUCUCGACAAUCGUGGAAUACAUCCAGCAGAUACCCCGCGCACUAGAACAAUUGAAAAUUGCUCUGAAUAAUGCUGGGGUUGCUCAGGACACAAUAGAGUCUACCCUGCAGACAACAUUAUUGCUUACCAAUGGAAUACCUACCCAGGAGGUGGAUGGCGACGAAGAGAUGAACGACGUGUCCGCGACCGAUGACGCAUUUGACAAGACCUUGAGUUUACUUUCGAAAUUAGAAUUGGCAAAUUCGUCCUUCCUCUCUCUCGAUGCUACAGACGAUUAUGCGCCAUUUAGGACAGGAUUUGCGCAAGCACUCGCAUCGGAAUCGUAUCUAGAAAAGUUGCUGAACGCACAGUCAUUGCGAAAUCGAGCCACUUCCAUGUGCGUACCUGUUUUGACGCUUUUGUUGCGUGUGGCAUUCGACGCCAGUGUUGGCCAACUUGGGCGUGUUACGGCACUUCGUUGCAUUCAAAAGCUUGUUAAAACUCAGACUCCACCGCCAGUUCAGAUACAAUUUCUUGUGCCGUAUUUGAUCGCUGCUAUGGCCGACAAGGCAGGCGCUAUCAGACAGGCAGCUGCAGAAAUCAUCAUCUCAACGAGUGAUGCCUACAAGACGGACCAUAAACAUAAGGCAAAGCCUGAAAACGAGUUCCAGCAGCAGACAUAUAGCUGGCAGAUCAUUCCCGAUGAUACAAUGAGACACUUGAUUGAUCAAAUGCUAGUUCCGAAUGUCGAGGAAUUUGCGCUAGACGCACACAGCAUCAGUAGUUCUGUUUCACGACUGCUACAACCAAACGCCGAAUCGAAAACGAACAAGGCUUCGAAGCAGGUGAAAACCGCUCAAUCUUCUACAAUAUGUGAUUACCUGGCUAGUCAUGCAGCUGAAACCACCCUGCCACAAGUAAAGCUUCAGCUGCUUAAGGUCGUCAAUGAAGCAGGCCAGAACGCACUUCACGCUCAGGAGACUAUACUUGUUCCAGCCUUGAAGCAAGCUCUAUCAACGCCUUUGCGAGUUGUGAACUCGGAAAAAUUAGAACACACGAUUCGCACGGAGCUGGAGCCCGAGCUCUACCGGGUCGUCACACCGGAGAGCACAGUCGGCCUUGAUCUACUCCACACAAUAUUAUCAGGGCAGAUUGCAAACGUUCGGUAUGACAUGGUUCGUGGCGCUUACAAGCGUCUUGCAGAAAUUUGGAGCAGCAUCCCAUCUGAUUCAAGUGCUAAAUUUGCGGGACUUUUGCUCGAUACUGCACUGCAGACCGUUGAAGCGAUGGGGCCUAGUCUUUACCGUGAUUUAGCUUCAGAGACUAUUCGAAGCCUCACUCUUUCCGGCCAUGUCCUCUCCGUUUUGCUUAACAGUCUGCCAAAUGCGCUUAGUAUGCCAGAUGCGCCACCUGCUACGAAAAGACGACGAACAAGCCGUAGCGAAAAGGUACGCUUGGCAGCAGCCGAACCGGCGGAUUUGUCUGCAGCAUUGGCUAAGUACACACUUGUUCUUGAAUUGGUCGAAGGCAACAAACCCGGCGAGCAUCCCGAGCUCUUACAAGCCUUGUUCCAUGUGUUGGACGAGCUACAGAACUUCAGACUGCAGACUCAAUCUGGCCUCAUUUACCUACAAGGUUUAACGAUCAACUGCAUGUUGGCUAUCGUGGAGAAAACAAAGAACAACAUAGACAGCUCUCUUGAUAAAUCGAAUAUCAGGACUGACCUGAUCGUGGACUGCAUCCGCCACUCGACAAGCGCACAAGUGCAGUCCUCCGCCCUGCUCCUCAUCUCUAGCCUCGCUUCAUGGCAGCCCGACGCUGUGGUUCACAGUAUCAUGCCUAUCUUCACAUUUAUGGGCAACACCAUUUUGAGACAGGGAGAUGAGUAUUCUGCUCAUGUCACGGAAAAGACUGUUUCACGUGUCGUUCCGCCACUUGUUGAAUCAUUCCGGAAGAAGAAUAAGGAUAUUGUCAUUGGAGCUUCAAACUUGCUGCUGAGCUUCACGGCUGCUUUUGAACAUAUUCCGUUGCAUCGAAGGCUAGUUCUAUUUGAACACGUCGUGCGUACGAUCGGAGCAGAAGAUUCGCUCUACGCACUUGUUGCCAUGCUCAUCGACGCAUAUCCGACGGAUUCGCGUGCCAAGAGCUUCGUUGCGGAGCUGCUGAAUCAAUUUGAACCGUCUACUAGUCUUAAGACCAUUCGCAAGUGCCUAGACUUGGUGUGGGACAUCUUCCGACCUCGACAUAUUACCGCGAACAGUGUUCUCAAUUUAUCCGAAAGACCUAAGGAAAGCCACGACAACAUUGCAAGCAAUUUACUUUCCGCCCUUUCCGAGUUGCUGAAUGAUCGACAACUCAGAGAGCAGAUUAGUAAAUCAUUCGAAAGCGGUGAUAUUGAUAGUGCAAAUGCUCAACGUAUGGCAUGUGUGGAACUCAUUCAAGAAGCUAUUCGUCUGUCGCAAUUCUUGAAGUCGAAGCCAGCUCUUGUACCUUCCGCUGCCAAUGUUCUUGCUAGCAUUGUCAACUUGCUUCCUACAAUCGAAUUAGUUCAAUGCUCGGAAACUCUGCUCACUCAGAAGGAUGAUGAAGUUCGUCUAGUCUCAGUCGGCGCAGUGGCGAGUCGUGCCCGUGAAGUAAUCAAUCCAAGCUCGGCCGACGUUACUUCCUUGCUAGGUUUCAUGGCGAAACUCAUGGAGCUCCUGCAAGAGUCCGACAACACGGUUCUCUGUUCUGAAGCUGUCACUUGCCUGGGACAGGUCAGUAAACGCUUUGGAAGAAAGGAUACCAGCCUUGUGGUUAAAGUGGCACAAGCUCUGUCGAGUGACCGCAUACUCAAGCACGCUGACCGCUCGGUGCUGCUUGUCUCUGUCUCCAGUUUGACUAUCACGAUAAAGGUCUUGAAAGAUGAAUUCAUUUCCCUGGUGCCUAUGAUCCUCCCCGUUAUAUUCAAGCACCUCGAAAGCGGUAUAAGCUAUGACACGAGUGGUGAAAUGCUUAAGGCAUUAAAUCUCUCGUUAAACUGCAUAGGAUUUAUCUACUGCCUCGUGGAACACCUACCUUUUCUAAUGACCGGUGAUUACUUGGACACUGCGUUCCUGUUACUCGCAAAGGCUGCCGCUACUCCGGACGGUGUCGAGCGGAAACUUAAGGAAAGUAGAAAUGACUUAUUGCGACUUAUCGCGAAGAGCGUUGAAGCCGAUGAAGUUCUAGCUGCACUUGGGCGCAAUUUUAAGAACGUUGCAAGUUUUGGAAAUUGUGAUGCUUUGGUAGAAUAUUUCGGAGCAGCUCGAGUUGUGAUAACUUCGCGUCCAAAAUCUGCCAUAAUUCGAAAUUCUUCGACUCUUUUUGAGCUAUUUCUGCAGGCAUUUGAUCAAGCACGCGUCAUCAAGUCCGAAAGUGCCGAGCAAGAGGAUGAGGACAUGGAUCAUGAGGAUGAAAACGACGAGAAUUCGGAGAUCGAGCGCGUUCUACUUGUGGUUUUCGAGGUCGCACUAGCCAUGGUCAUGAAAUUGAAUGACGCGACCUUCAGGCCGUUCAUUGUUCGACUAUCGGAAUGGGCAACACAGUUACCUAAAAAGGAUGUCAAAGGUCGAAUGCUGCGGUCAACUGCACUUUUCAAGUUCGUGGCCUUACUCUUCGGUCGAUUGAAGUCUCUGGUCACUUCUUAUACGACAUACGUACUUGACUUGGCCGCAAAUGUAUUGGAAAAUACGUCGCUGGAGACUGAUGACGAAAUUACUCUCCUUGCAGCAACUUUAGCUGCGCUGAAUGAAUCAUUCACACAUGACGACGAGCAGUUCUGGCAGGCCCCACACCAUUUUACACCAAUUGCGACGCCUUUGGCUGUACUUUUAGAAAAGACAGCGCUCGACGAGGAACACGAACUGGUUGCCAAAGUUCAAGCAAGUAUCGUUUCGCUCUGUUCGGCAACAAGUUCGCAAGAUCAGCAUAAGAUGAUCAACACAUCACUACUCAAGAUGCUCAGGCAUGAAGAUCCGAAGGUGCGACUUGCUUCACUGAGAACGGAGAGACAGUUGUGUGAGAGUAUCGGGGACGAGUGGUUGGGCAUGCUUCCAGAGAUGCUCCCCUUCGUAAGCGAGCUUUUGGAGGACGAUGACAAGGAUGUGGAGAGGGCUGGCAAGGAAUGGGUCAGAUUCCUUGAGGCUACAUUAGGAGAGAAUCUGGAGCUAUAGAAGUUCAUGAAGUUUGUUAAGGUCUUCGAAAC